UUCAUUUUUUCGUAAUUUUUCAUCAGCCAAAAUUUUGCUUCUUGCUGUGAUAAAUUAAAAUAAUGGCUGAUAAUAAAUUGUACGAAAUAUUAGGCGUGUCUAGAAGCGCUAGUGAUUCUGAAAUAAAAAGAAACUAUCAUAAAUUAGCGAAAGAAUUUCACCCAGACAAAAACCCUGCGGCUGGGGAUAGAUUUAAAGAAAUAAGCUAUGCUUACGAAGUAUUGUCUGAUCCUAAGAAAAGACAAACCUACGAUAAGUUCGGAUUAAAGGGUCUUCAAGAAGGUGGCCAAGGCGGGGGCUUCCCUUCAGAUGACUUCUUUGGUCAUCUGUUCGGUGACAUCUUCGGGAUGGGCGGGGGACGAGGCGGCGGCCGCGGACGCGCCCGAGGCGAAGACACCAUACACCCUUUGAAAGUAUCUUUAGAAGACAUGUACAUGGGAAAAACUGCUAAAUUACAACUUAGUAAAAAUAUUAUCUGUGGUGCAUGUAACGGUGUCGGUGGAAAAGCAGGGUCAGUUGUUUCAUGUAGAGACUGUCACGGACAGGGAUUGAAGGUGUACUACCAACAGAUCGGUCCCCAUAUGACUCGUCAAUAUCAAUCCCGGUGUCCUAGUUGUCAAGGACAAGGCGAAACUAUCAAUGACAAAGACAAGUGCACCAAAUGUAAAGGUAAAAAGGUACUCAAUGAAACUAAAAUAUUGGAAGUGCAUGUAGAAAAGGGAAUGAAUGAGAACCAGAAAAUUUACUUCCGUGGUGAAGGUGAUCAACAGCCGGACACUCAGCCCGGGGAUGUCAUCAUUGUGUUGCAACAAAAACCUCAUGACUUGUUUCAAAGAACUGGCGAUGAUCUUGUGAUGAAACGUGAUAUUACUUUGACCGAAGCACUGUGUGGAUUCGAAUUUGUAGUCAAACAUUUAGAUGGAAGAGAUCUUCUCGUUAGACAUCUACCAGGUGAGGUAAUAAAACCAGGAGACCUAAAAGGUAUUCAAGGUGAAGGCAUGCCUCAAUAUAAGAAUCCAUUUGAAAAAGGUAAUCUGUACAUAAAGUUUGAUGUAAAGUUCCCUGAGAAUCAUUUUGCUUCCGAAGAGCAAAUUAAACAAAUUGAAAGUAUACUUCCUCCCCGUCCAGCAUUUGUGAUGCCCACAGGUGAAGAUGUCGAAGAGGUGAACAUGAUGGAAUACACCCCUAGUGACAGAAAUCGUGGCCGAGAAGAGGCUUAUGCUAGUGACGAUGAGGAGCAUAUGCAUGCAGGUCCAGGAGUACAAUGUGCACACCAGUAGUUCAAUUCAACCUCCAAAUCCUCUCAUAACUUGUACUGACAAGUCUCACACAACUUUUAAGUUAGGUAGACAAUAUUCAUUACUAUUAUAAUGCUAAUAUGAAUAUGACAAUGCUAGAGUAGAAAUACUAAAUCAAAUUAUUUGCUAAUUUGAAUAUUUUAUAAUCAGGGGCUCUUAAAUUGUAAAGUAUUUUACCUUGGCCUUUUAGGUGUAAUUAUAAUUUAAUAUUUGUAUAAUGUGUGGAAAAGGUUAAUUAUGUAAAAUUUCCAAUCAUUCAUUCCAUUAGCACAGGUGCAUGUUAAUUAUAUAAUAUCAUCAGGGGUUAAGUGAGGCGAACAAAGCAAUUGUUUUGCCACAUUAAAUGUAUUUUUUCAUUUAGAGCAUUACUCAUUGCCCAGGUUAUUGUGAUAGGCCUAUACAAACUUGUAACAAACGGAUUAAAUUAAUUUCAAAGUUGUUUACUUUUCCUUACCUAAGUUUGCUUGAUAUUGUGUUUUAGGUUUAGUGCCAGUGCCACUUGAGGCAUUAUUGUACAACCGUAGACAUAAUAUGUAUUGACCAUUGGCAAAAUAAAUUAACUAAAAAUUUUAA